AUGGACUUUCAAAUAUGGCGUGCGACAAAUAAUCCUUCGGGCGAACAGUCGGUUGCGCACGCACGUACGUAUGUUGAACGACUCAACUCGAUUCUGAGCGAUGAAGCCCGUGGGCCUGCACCGCACCCCUGUGUCGCCUAUGCAGCAUCUUCGCAGGUCUUUGUGACUGUGACCAAACUUGCACUGUCAUUCUACGAUGAAGGAGUUAUCCGGUCAGCCACUGUAUUCUUCAAUACCCUGAUCGAUGCGGAGGUGGAUGGGGUUGUGGAUAACCGCUUGUUCGCCCGCGCGUUGGUGGAUCUCGUCCGACGCGCCGAGAAGACAUCGGACGAGAUUGAAGGCCGACUCGUCGAAUUGAUAUUUGGUAUUGCCAACAACAUUCGGCUUCAGCCUGUUAUACUGCCUGCAUGGUUUGUGCCUCGGGUAACACCGACCGCCCAUGAUAGCGAUUCUCAAGCUCCAAGCGGGACGGAGUUUGCAGGAGCUACGAGGAAGGACGAGUUCCCCCUGUUCUACCUGCUGGUAGACUACGUUCAUCACGAAGGACGUGCUGGCGAUUUUGCCCGCACCGGUCUGCUUUACCUCAUUGAAACCGCAUCGCGGUCCAAGAAUCUCGAGAAGUGGUUGAUCGAGAGUGACCUGGCUACGCUCAUGGCCACGGGAUUAGGUGCACUUUACAGCCAGCUGGGACAUUUGUCAUUUACUCCCAUCGAUGAGGACGAGAAUGUCCCUCACAUCAUUGCGUUGUCUGAUCAUGCCAAACAAGAGACCGCUUUGCAGCCAACACUAGGUCAGACAAUGGACGCAUUCAUGUCAUAUCUGUUGUUUUGGCAGGAUACAAUCGAUCACUGUAAAUCGGCCGAAGUGAACGACACCUUACUAGACCAUUUCCAGGUGCUGUUUCUAGAACAGCUUUUGUAUCCCUCCUUGCUAGAAUCAUCAGAUGCAGCUGGUGGCUCGACAGCAGCGGUAUUGACCUACAUGUGCCGCAUCCUCGACUCGAUCGAUCAAGGCGAAUUGGUCCAUCGAAUCUUACAUUUCUUGUUAGCAUCUUCUCCUCAGCCUGAGGAGCAGAUUGACAUGUCGGCAAGUCGACGGAAAUCGCUCAAUGUCCUAGCUGCGUUGGCCUUUGAAGCGGCUCAGCCCUCACCCUCACUAUUCAAUCUUCGCGAUUUAGCCCUACUGGGACUCCAAUCAUCGAACUGCCAGACGGUUCUAGCUACACUGCGCCUUCUAAAUACUGUCCUUCAGAGACACCAUCUAUUUGCACGGGCACUCAUCCAUACCAUCCCUACUCAGCCUGCACAUCAGCGCCCCGUUGGUGCUUUGAAUGCUGAGCUAGAGCAACUUUUGGUCAUGGGAACAUCCCUCGUCGAUGACCCCACGUUAAAUGAGUCGUAUGACAACUAUGUCGCAGAUGCGACAUGUGUGCUUGAAUCUCGCCUGUGCCUGCCCAUAUCUUCAAUGGAGCAAGACGAGGAGACGUUACCCCUACCAUUACAGCUCCAGCAAGACGAUCCAAUAGUUCAGGCCCUUCUCAUGUGUUUUGAAUCUUUCUUUACGAACAGCGUCAUUGUCAACCUGGCAUUAACAGGUGUAUUUAUGAGCCUGGCGUCCUCACAUCUCUUCUCCUUGGACGGGUGGGUGUUGGUUGAUCCCAACCAGUACGAGGCCCCAGCCUCUGAAGAAUCAGACGAUGGAUCUGAAAAUAUUUGUCGGGCCUACCAGCAACCAACUUGGCCCGCUACAGCUGCUCCGACAUUGACUAUAGCGCUCCAAAAAUUGGUGAGCCAGGUCCGACAAUGGCAACGAGAAUUGCCCGACUUCGAUGUACUGCUCGCUGCCCGACGAGAAUUAUUGCACCAAGAAGAUCAUCCGCAGACACCGGACCGAUCAAGAGAGCCCUCGGAGCCUCCAGUAUCCUCAAUGAACCGCUCACGCCCGUCUUAUCCUGGUUCACCGGAUGCCUCUGCCCUAGGUUCCCGUGGCCGGUCUCCGUACCCGGCAACUUCGCCCUCUAUGUUUUCCAGUCGAGAUCGGGACGGAUCUUCUGUUCCUUCCGAAUCGCGCGGAUCCUUGAACACCCGUGCCGUGGCCGCCGAGGCUCUUCGCCAGCGCCUUGCCACCCCGUUCCCGCCGGCACCCGCAGAUCCACUAUCUCCAUCUACCAAGGAGGGAGCUUCGUACUCAGAAGAUAACAGGGAUGCCCCAGUCGCAACUCUUGGUCAUGUACUGACUAAUGUGGUGAUACUUUAUGAAUUCAUCCUAGAGCUGUCGGCAGUAGUACAAGUUCGGGGAAGCUUGUUUGAAGAGGCAGGAUAUGAUUGUAAUUAG